AGUACAGUGGUGUGAUCUCGGCUCACUGCAACCUCUGUCUCCCAGGUUCAAGCAAUUCUUAUGCCUCAGCCUCCAGAGUAGCUAGGAUUACAGCUCGUGUCCUCGGUCUCUUGCCUUGGCACCUGGGUGGCUUGCCACCCACAGCAAUUAUGACUUUGAAAGGCCAUUCCACCGUUCUAUCAAUCCAGCUGCUUCAGGAUGAUGGGCAACGCGGUAAGACCAGUGAAUUCCACGAACAUGAGCCCACUGCUGCACUUCUAUGGCCGUAAAUUAACUUGAGAAAGUGGAAUCGAAUUCCGAUGUUGAAUUUUCCUUCUGGCCCCAUUCAUGUGGCAGGUGGUGAUUCAGGAUUGUCCUCCCAGGCUGGCAGCAGGACCCCAGCGGCACCAUGUCUGCUCUCGGAGUCACCGUGGCCCUGCUGGUGUGGGCGGCCUUCCUCCUGCUGGUGUCCAUGUGGAGGCAGGUGCACAGCAGCUGGAAUCUGCCCCCAGGCCCUUUCCCACUUCCCAUCAUCGGGAACCUCUUCCAGUUGGAAUUGAAGAAUAUUCCCAAGUCCUUCACCCAGCUGGCCCAGCGCUUCGGGCCGGUGUUCACGCUGUACGUGGGCUCGCAGCGCGUGGUGGUGAUGCACGGCUACAAGGCGGUGAAGGAAGCGCUGCUGGACUACAAGGACGAGUUCUCGGGCAGAGGCGACCUCCCCGCGUUCCAUGCGCACAGGGACAGGGGAAUCAUUUUUAAUAAUGGACCUACCUGGAAGGACAUCCGGCGGUUUUCCCUGACCACCCUCCGGAACUAUGGGAUGGGGAAACAGGGCAAUGAGAGCCGGAUCCAGAGGGAGGCCCACUUCCUGCUGGAAGCACUCAGGAAGACCCAAGGCCAGCCUUUCGACCCCACCUUCCUCAUCGGCUGCGCGCCCUGCAACGUCAUAGCCGACAUCCUCUUCCGCAAGCAUUUUGACUACAAUGAUGAGAAGUUUCUAAGGCUGAUGUAUUUGUUUAAUGAGAACUUCCACCUACUCAGCACUCCCUGGCUCCAGCUUUACAAUAAUUUUCCCAGCUUUCUACACUACUUGCCUGGAAGCCACAGAAAAGUCAUAAAAAAUGUGGCUGAAGUAAAAGAGUAUGUGUCUGAAAGGGUGAAGGAGCACCAUCAAUCUCUGGACCCCAACUGUCCUCGGGACCUCACCGACUGCCUGCUCGUGGAAAUGGAGAAGGAAAAGCACAGCACAGAGCGCUUGUACACAAUGGACGGUAUCACCGUGACUGUGGCCGACCUGUUCUUUGCGGGGACAGAGACCACCAGCACAACUCUGAGAUAUGGGCUCCUGAUUCUCAUGAAAUACCCUGAGAUCGAAGAGAAGCUCCAUGAAGAAAUUGACAGGGUGAUUGGGCCAAGCCGAAUCCCUGCCAUCAAGGAUAGGCAAGAGAUGCCCUACAUGGAUGCUGUGGUGCAUGAGAUUCAGCGGUUCAUCACCCUCGUGCCCUCCAACCUGCCCCAUGAAGCAACCCGAGACACUAUUUUCAGAGGAUACCUCAUCCCCAAGGGCACAGUCGUAGUGCCAACUCUGGACUCUGUUUUGUAUGACAACCAAGAAUUUCCUGAUCCAGAAAAGUUUAAGCCAGAACACUUCCUGAAUGAAAAUGGAAAGUUCAAGUACAGUGACUAUUUCAAGCCAUUUUCCACAGGAAAACGAGUGUGUGCUGGAGAAGGCCUGGCUCGCAUGGAGUUGUUUCUUUUGUUGUGUGCCAUUUUGCAGCAUUUUAAUUUGAAGCCUCUCGUUGACCCAAAGGAUAUCGACCUCAGCCCUGUACAUGUUGGGUUUGGCUGUAUCCCACCACGUUACAAACUCUGUGUCAUUCCCCGCUCAUGAGUGUGUGGAGGACACCCUGAACCCCCCGCUUUCAAACAAGUUUUCGAAUUGUUUGAGGUCAGGAUUUCUCAAACUGAUUCCUUUCUUUGCAUAUGAGUAUUUGAAAAUAAACAUUUUCCCAGAAUAUAAAUAAAUCAUCACAUGAUUAUUUUAA